AUGAGACUGUGGGUUCCUAAAGAUGAGCUUGCUGCAAGUUCACAACUCAUUAAGCCUUCCAAUAACAAGUCACAUUACUCGAGUUACUACAAAUUUCCAUCAAUUGACUUGGAGUCUCAGGAGUUGGUAGCAAGGCUAAGUGCUGAAGAAGAAGAUCGCCUAAACAUGGCCGCAUCACAAGAUGGACAACCUGAUGCAUUGAAUGAAGAGGAGAGCAUCCCUGAAGAGAGACAGAGAAAUUUCUUGGGGUUAGAGAUGAUAGAAACGGAAGAGGUCAAGAGGUAG